UUUGGCUUUGCUGGUGGUGAUGGUGGAUUUGAUCACUUUGGUGGUGAUAAUGGAUUUGGCUAUGCUGGUGGUGAUGGUGGAUUUGGCCAGUUUGGUGGGGAUAAUGGAUCUGGCUAUGCUGAUGGUGAUGGUGGAUUUGGCCAGUUUGGUGGUGAUAAUGGAUUUGGCUAUGCUGGUGGUGAUGGUGGAUUUGGCCAGUUUGGUGGUGAUAAUGGAUUUGGCUAUGCUGGUGGUGAUGGUGGAUUUGGCCAAUUUGGUGGUGAUAAUGGAUUUGGCUAUGCUGGUGGUGAUGGUGGAUUUGGCCAAUUUGGUGGUGAUAAUGGAUUUGGCUUUGCUGGUGGUGAUGGAGGAUAUGGAGGUGAAUAUUAG